AUGUUUCUGAAGCGACAUCGCUUGAUUGGAUGUCUCUUUCCAAUUGCCUUGAUAUUGAAAUCCUUCGCAAAAGCUUCGAACGAUCAACCGGAAGGCCCUUUCGAUAACAACGAGGACGAGAAACAACAACAACAACAACAACAACAACAACAAGAACGUAAAUUCGUCCAGUCGGCACCAUGCACUCUGUAUCAGGUUGUAGUCAACAACGAUGACUAUAAUGGCGGAGAAAACUCAGCUCACCACCAAGAUAACAUAAUAUGGCGAUGUCAACUCGAAGCAAAAGAUAUCGAGGCCAUGCUCAGUGGAAGUCAAGAAAAACGAGCGAGCAGAUUUGUGGAUGUGGAAGGGAUCGAAAAAACAGUUCUUUUGGCGAAAGAUGAUAUCCAAAGCGGCAUUACAACGCUUCUCGCAGAUACUACAACAAUUCAAAAUGGAACGCUAGCAAUUCAACCAAACAGUCGCCUAACAUUUGGAGAAAAGACAGCUAGUACCGAGGACGGCGCUGGUAAUGCAUUCGGAAAUCGCCAAUCAUCAUUAGGGAACAGCCCACAGCAGGUUCAUGAUUUCAGCCGAACGAUGGGAACCAAGAAAGUGCUUGCCGUCCGAGUCGUGACCACCGAUGUCAAGCCGUCGGCAACAGUCGACAAAAUCGCGGACGAUAUCUUUGGGAUCAAUGGGGAUGUGGUCAAUCUCAAGUCACAAAUGGAGGAGUGUUCCUACGGAAAGCUCCGGAUUGAACCAGCCAGCAUAAACGGGGUUGGAUGCCAAGACGAUCCCGACUUUACCUUUCUGAAGACGUUUGGGGAUGGCUCGGUUGGGGACUGCGCGCAUUUUGAAAAUAGGCCUGACACCAGUGAUUAUUGUUUGGCAUUUGGGGAGGAGCAAGAUCCAGGUGGAACGACGGCGAAUGAAGCUUGUUGCGUAUGCGGUGGGGGGAUCACACAGUAUUACAGUCGGCGAGAUAUUCGAAAUGGAGUCAUUGAAAUAGAGUUGGAUCUGUCCGUCGCCGAUAAUGAUAGUUUCGCUCUGGAAGAGGAGGCAGUAAGGGUUCUGGAGACAACCUUUGGUGGCAAUGAGCUAUUCACCAUGUUUGAUCACGUCAUGUUGUGUCUACCUCCUGGCACCCAACGGCAUGGUUCUCCUUCUUGGCGCGCCUACGCCUACGUCAAUCACUAUCUUUCGGUGUAUCACGACAACUGGUGCCAUUAUCCAAAGACGGCAGUUCACGAACUGGCACAUAAUUUCGGGCUUGCACACUCUUGGAUUAGCCUGGAGGACGGUCAGGAAGAAACGGUCAUGGGCAGAGGCUACCCUGUAGAUGAAGGUCCCAUGAGAGCCCAAGUCUGUUUCAAUCCAGCCAAAAGUUACCAACUGGGUUGGUAUCAAGACAAAGUGAUGGAAUUCGACCCCAUGUCUGGUUGGUGGGGAACGCUGAUUGGAGUGGGCAAUUAUGAUUCCGAUUUAUUGGAUGCCAUGGUCGUCAUCAAAGUACCAACUGUCAGACAAGAUUAUUAUGUUGGUUUCAACCAUGCCAUUCGGCAUCACCGAGGGACAUCCUUUGGGGCCAACAGAGUCAAGAUUGUUCGCCAAGGCCAAGCUCCUUUUGCCGAAUCUUGGAUGGAGGCAGUGUUGGCCUCGGGGGAAGCCCACGUCAUUCCCAACUAUCGAGAUAGCAGCGAGCACUUGUCAAUCCACGUUUUGGAAACAGACAGUUACCCCGAUGGCUUUGCAAAAGUCAACAUUUUUACUUUUGAAAAGGAUGACUUUUGCAUCGACAAUGCAGACUUUAAGCUUCGAGUGAAUUCUACGGUUGGCACUGUGCCAUGUUGGUGGUUUGGAGCAAAUGAACCACUUGGUUGUCCCGAAUUUGGCAAUAGUGAAGGGUCUUGUGGAUAUGGAACGCAGUGCACUGCUGGCUUUGAGUGCUGCCACUGUGGUGGAGGACGAAGAACAACAGCACUUCCUCCAACGAGUGCUCCCACAGGGGUGCCUCCACAAGAAGAAGGUGUCGUGAGGAGUCAUGGAAGAAAGAAUGAGCUGAGGGGCCUGUUCACUCUCUCAUUCCUGAUAGUACCGGUGCUAUACAAUAUAGGUGCAGGUGCAGGUGGUGAGGUAUGCUAA